GUUAUUAUUGAUUAAAAGGGGAUGAUAUUUCCAAGGUUUGACAUUUGGUGAACAAUAGGUAUGAUUGUUUAAUGUUAAAGAAAACAGAGGGAGAUUCAGAUACAUCUCCCAAUUCCACAAUUAUGGCAAAACCUGGUUCUCUUAAAACCACUGUCCGCUCUCUCCCACAGACAACUGCCCGCGACCCUAGUAUUGUUUUUGUUUCCCCAUUUUUUACACAUCCAACCCCUCAAACCCCAUUAUGCAUAUAUAUACACGCCAUCCUUCCUCCAAAUUCAUCUCUCAUUCAAUUUACCAGUCUAUCCCCAGUUAUUCAAAAUGCGGAUGAGUUGUAAUGGCUGUAGAGUCCUCCGUAAGGGUUGCAGCGAAGACUGCAGCAUAAGGCCGUGUUUGGAAUGGAUCAAAACUCCCGAGUCACAGGCCAACGCCACCGUCUUCCUCGCCAAGUUCUACGGCCGCGCCGGACUCAUGAACCUCAUCAACGCCGGUCCCCAUCAUCUUCGCCCUGCUAUCUUCAAGUCUCUACUGUACGAGGCCUGCGGGCGGAUCGUGAACCCGAUAUUCGGGUCGGUCGGGUUGAUUUGGUCCGGGAACUGGCAGCUGUGCCAGGACGCUGUCGAGGCGGUUCUGAAAGGGGAUCCGAUAACCCGAAUGGCCGCCGAGUUUGCCGAACACAAAAGCGGGCCGCCUCUCAAGACCGGCGAUAUAAGGCAUAUAUUCAAGGAGGAUGGCCAAUCCGGGUCAAACGAUCUGCGCCGGGUCAGGACCCGUUGCAGGUUCAAACGCUCUGCUUCCAAGUCGAAACGGAGUCGUGUAUGGGUUGACCCGGUUGAAAGUGCGAACGAGGAGGAAUUGACCCGGUCUCCGAGUCACGAGUCGUCUUUGAGCCAGCAGUCCGAGCCGGUCGAUGAACGGACGAGUCAGCAGGGCGAGACUCGCGGUCCGCUUGAGACUUCCGAGCCGGAAUUGGUAGUUGCUGGGCCGAAUUCGAAAUCAGACGGUGAGAUUGAGCUGGAUCUAACGCUAGGUCUGGAGCCUAUAAAACGCGGCGUGAAGCCGAAGCCCAUUAAAGCGGGUGAUUCGGCUAGUGGAUUUGGGAAAAUGGAGUUAGGGCUUGACUGUUCGGUUUCAUGAGAAAACGUCGAAUGUCGGCGAUCAAUUUUGACGGCUCGGAUCAAUUUCCAUUGAUUUUCUCAUUUUUGGUUUUUUAUUCCCCCUUUUGUUUUUGGAUGUGUCGUAGAAGCAUAAAUUCAAUGUAUUUUUUUUUUCUUGUAUUUACUUUUAGGGCGGAAAUGUUUCACACUAUACAUAAUCUUUUUACACACAAUUAUGUGCAUAAUUUUUCUAAUACAUACAGUUCCAUAAAAAGAAAAAUUCAGCUAAAAAAUUACGAAAUGAUAUGAGAUAUUAUAAUUGCAUAUGUAAAUGAAUCGCAUGAAGACA